AUGGUGUCGGCUAAACACGCUAUUGGUCAGGCAAACCCAAAACCGAAAGUCAUCUUUCAGAAGUUGGCUUCAUGGUUAAAAACUCUGUCGCCUCCAAACUCAAAAAUUUACCGGCAAAUCAUUCCGACCGCAUCAUUUUUGUUACGCUUCCAACUGCACAACAAGCAACUUGUUCUUUUCGGCAUACAUGCCCCAACUCUGCAAACUGAUCCUAAGGAAAGAGACAAAUUCUAUAUCGACCAGCACCGUCUCAUCCAAAAGGUUCCUGCAGAUGGUAAUCCCCGAGCAACAACACACUAUUACAAGUACUAUCUUCCAGCAGAGGGACAGUUUAAAGACAACGUGGAUGCAUUCUCGACCCUGUCGGCAGAUUUUCGAGUUUGGUGGCGAUGGAGUUUGACCUAUGUCUUAGUGUGUCAAAGAAACGUCCAAGAUAUUCAUCAUACUCAUGUGAUGCAUAGCAGAAUGCCAAACAGAUCACCGUCUCGUGCCAUGUAAACUCAACCUCCGCAUCAAAUCUAAACCUAAGAGAGAUAGAAUUGCAAGAAGGCUUAAAGGUUCAAUCUCUCAAAUCUCAAUCUCCAAACACCUACAGUGAGAGAUAACUUCCAGAUGAAUCUUCAAACCGGACUUCAAGAUCCCUUUCCUGAAG